AUGCAACUUCCGACUGUUGUCCACGGUCUGCUCUGGUGCAUAUUCUGGUGUGUUUCCUCAUGGAUCGGACAAACGCAUUGUACGGAUAUUAUCAUAGACGGAUGGGUGAUGAAGGGCUACGAAAUGGUUCCGUGGAAUAAGGACUAUAAGAAUGAGGAUUCCGCUACAUAUCUAUCCGCCGUGGAGGCUUUACAAAAUCAAAUAUCUGACGUGGAAAAUUAUCAAAUCAUUCCGUUCUCAAACAAUGAUAUCAAAAUUGGCAGAUUUUAUGCCAAAGAUGGAAUGGCAAAAGUUGCUUUUCAUCUGUCCAUGCCGGAUUCCUGGUCACCUAUUAAAUUGAACAUCAGCGCAUUGCAAACGACAUUGGAGAAAGCACUGGGUCUGAUUCAACAUGCAAACGGAAUGAUCUCGGAAGAGUUUGACGUUAAAGGUUGGUAA